GUGAUUCAGCGUCCCGGACAGGCGGAAGCGGCCGCAGCCUCGGCGGCGGCGGCGGACGAGCAGGAGCAGGAGGAGGAGGAGGAGGAGAAAGAGGAGGGGACAGCUGUCCGCGCCCGGGCGCCCGCGGUGGCACGAGCCCGCGGCCCGAGUGCGAGGCGGAGGCGAGGAGGCCGCGGGGACGCGAGGCGAGGCCGGCCGGGGCCCCCGCAGCCAUGGAGAACGCUCACACAAAGACGGUGGAGGAGGUGCUGGGCCACUUCGGCGUCAACGAGAGCACGGGGCUGAGCCUGGAGCAGGUCAAGAAGCUCAAGGAGAGAUGGGGCUCCAACGAAUUACCGGCUGAAGAAGGAAAAACCUUGCUGGAACUUGUGAUUGAGCAGUUCGAAGACUUACUAGUUAGGAUUUUAUUGCUGGCAGCGUGUAUAUCUUUCGUUUUGGCUUGGUUUGAAGAAGGUGAAGAAACAAUUACAGCCUUUGUAGAACCUUUUGUAAUUCUGCUUAUAUUAGUAGCCAAUGCAAUUGUGGGGGUGUGGCAGGAGCGAAAUGCUGAAAAUGCAAUAGAAGCCCUUAAGGAAUAUGAGCCAGAAAUGGGCAAAGUGUAUCGCCAGGACAGAAAGAGUGUGCAGCGCAUCAAAGCUAAAGACAUCGUCCCUGGGGAUAUUGUGGAGAUAGCUGUUGGUGACAAAGUUCCUGCUGAUAUAAGAUUAACUUCCAUCAAGUCGACAACGCUAAGAGUUGACCAGUCAAUUCUCACAGGUGAAUCUGUUUCCGUCAUCAAGCACACUGACCCUGUCCCUGACCCACGAGCUGUCAAUCAAGAUAAAAAGAACAUGCUCUUUUCUGGUACAAACAUUGCUGCUGGGAAAGCUAUGGGAGUGGUGGUCGCAACCGGAGUUAAUACUGAAAUUGGCAAGAUCCGGGAUGAAAUGGUUGCAACAGAACAGGAGAGAACACCCCUGCAGCAGAAGCUCGAUGAGUUUGGGGAGCAGCUUUCCAAAGUCAUCUCCCUCAUUUGCAUUGCAGUCUGGAUCAUCAACAUUGGGCAUUUCAAUGACCCAGUUCAUGGGGGCUCCUGGAUCAGAGGUGCCAUCUACUAUUUUAAGAUCGCAGUGGCCCUGGCUGUUGCUGCCAUCCCCGAGGGUCUGCCUGCUGUCAUCACCACCUGCUUGGCUCUUGGAACCCGUCGAAUGGCAAAGAAAAACGCCAUUGUUCGAAGUCUGCCUUCGGUGGAAACCCUUGGUUGUACUUCGGUUAUCUGCUCAGACAAGACAGGCACACUUACCACAAACCAGAUGUCGGUCUGCAGGAUGUUCAUUCUGGACAAAGUCGAAGGUGAUACCUGUUCCCUUAAUGAGUUUACCAUAACUGGAUCAACAUACGCACCCAUUGGAGAAGUGCAUAAAGAUGAUAAGCCAGUGAAAUGCCAUCAGUAUGACGGGCUUGUAGAGUUAGCAACUAUCUGUGCUCUGUGUAAUGACUCUGCUUUGGACUAUAAUGAGGCUAAGGGUGUAUAUGAGAAAGUUGGAGAAGCUACAGAGACUGCCCUCACUUGCCUGGUAGAGAAGAUGAAUGUGUUUGAUACCGAACUGAAGGGACUGUCUAAAAUAGAACGUGCAAAUGCCUGCAACUCGGUCAUAAAACAGCUGAUGAAGAAGGAAUUUACUCUUGAGUUUUCACGUGACAGAAAAUCAAUGUCUGUCUAUUGUACACCAAACAAACCAAGCCGGACAUCCAUGAGCAAAAUGUUUGUGAAGGGUGCUCCCGAAGGAGUCAUCGACAGGUGUACCCACAUCCGAGUUGGAAGUACUAAGGUCCCCAUGACUCCUGGUGUCAAACAGAAGAUCAUGUCUGUCAUUCGGGAGUGGGGCAGUGGGAGUGACACACUGCGGUGCCUGGCUCUGGCCACUCACGACAACCCGCUGAGGAGAGAGGAGAUGCACCUGGAAGAUUCGGCCAACUUCAUCAAGUAUGAGACCAAUCUGACUUUCGUGGGCUGUGUGGGCAUGCUGGACCCUCCCAGGAUUGAAGUGGCCUCUUCUGUGAAGCUGUGCCGCCAAGCAGGCAUCCGCGUCAUCAUGAUCACUGGGGACAACAAGGGGACCGCUGUGGCCAUCUGUCGCCGCAUCGGCAUCUUUGGGCAGGAUGAGGAUGUGACGUCAAAGGCUUUUACAGGACGGGAGUUUGAUGAGCUCAGCCCCUCGGCCCAGAGAGACGCCUGCUUGAAUGCCCGCUGUUUUGCUCGAGUCGAACCUUCCCACAAGUCUAAGAUCGUUGAGUUCCUCCAGUCCUUUGAUGAGAUCACAGCUAUGACUGGUGACGGUGUGAAUGACGCCCCUGCUCUGAAGAAAUCGGAGAUUGGCAUUGCCAUGGGUUCAGGUACUGCAGUGGCCAAGACUGCCUCGGAGAUGGUCCUGGCAGAUGACAACUUCUCCACCAUCGUGGCUGCUGUGGAGGAGGGUCGAGCUAUCUACAACAACAUGAAGCAGUUCAUCCGAUACCUCAUCUCGUCCAAUGUGGGGGAAGUGGUCUGUAUUUUCCUGACGGCGGCCCUUGGGUUUCCUGAGGCUUUGAUUCCUGUCCAGCUCCUCUGGGUCAAUCUGGUGACAGAUGGCCUGCCUGCCACUGCGCUGGGGUUCAACCCUCCAGACCUGGACAUCAUGAACAAACCGCCCCGGAACCCAAAAGAACCCUUGAUCAGCGGGUGGCUCUUCUUCCGUUACCUGGCUAUUGGCUGUUACGUUGGUGCCGCCACCGUGGGUGCUGCUGCGUGGUGGUUCAUCGCUGCUGACGGGGGUCCUCGAGUGUCCUUCUACCAGCUGAGUCAUUUCCUACAGUGUAAAGAGGACAACCCAGACUUCGAUGGAGUGGAUUGUGCAAUCUUCGAGUCCCCAUACCCAAUGACAAUGGCACUUUCUGUUCUAGUGACCAUAGAGAUGUGCAAUGCCCUCAACAGUUUGUCUGAGAACCAGUCCUUGCUGAGGAUGCCCCCCUGGGAGAACAUCUGGCUCGUGGGCUCCAUCUGCCUGUCCAUGUCACUUCACUUCCUGAUCCUCUACGUGGAACCUUUGCCACUCAUCUUCCAGAUCACACCCUUGAAUCUGACCCAGUGGCUGAUGGUGCUGAAAAUCUCCUUGCCUGUGAUCCUCAUGGAUGAGACGCUCAAGUUUGUGGCCCGAAACUACCUGGAACCCGGUAAAGAGUGUGUGCAGCCUGCCACCAAAUCCUCCUGCUCGCUGUCGGCAUGCACCGAUGGCAUUUCCUGGCCGUUCGUGCUGCUCAUUAUGCCCCUGGUGGUCUGGGUCUACAGCACAGACACUAACUUUAGUGAUAUGUUCUGGUCUUGACUGACAGCGCCACAUACAGAAGAUGUUUAACUUAAUCAAUUAAUUUUUUAUUGUUUAAAGCAACUGUCUAUUUCUGCUGAAUUUUCACAUGAACAUAUUGGCUGGUGAAGGAGGUUUCAUAUUCUAGAUUUCGUUUUGCUUUUUCUGACUCCAGUGGGACAAGAUUUUCCUUUUUUUAUACACAUAAUUAAAGUGUCCAUUGACAUGUACAGAGAACUAACACUAUUUUAUGCAGAUAUUUUUUUGUAGAUGAAAAAGCAUGUACAGUGUUCUGUUUAAUACUCAUACUUGUACAGAGAUAGUUGAGCCAGCAGACAUUGUCAGCAAAGUAAUUGGCAGCAGACUGUAGGAAGUGAAUGUGUGUGGUUUUUAAAAGGAAAAAAAAAAACUAAAUAGCAUGUAUUGUGUCUUUUGCAUGAUUCUCUGGAUUUAAUUUGAUAUCACAGUCUAAUUUUUAUUCAUAAGCCAAUUUUUCUGCACUGAGCAGAGUCCUGCUACCUCAGUCAGUAUUUUUGGUUUGCCACUUCCUGCACCCUCAGCCUCUGUCACCCCCAGCCCACCCCAGCCCGCUCGGCUUCUUCUGUAGGUCUGAUGGUUCUGUUUACAUCCGUCUUCACGAGAGGUUUGCCUGUUCUCGCUUGUGCAGAAAACAUUGCUCCCGAUUCAAUCGACUGGGUUUCUGUCCCUUUGCCUAGUUUUUAAGGUUAUUUAUUUAAAUGUCUAAUGUAUUUUAUUGUAACAGACAUUGUUUUGCCAACAUUGCCUAUUCAGUGGCACUUCACAAUCUAGUUUAAAAGAAAAAUAAAACAUUUUAAAUGGACAGAGAAAAAUAA